AUCAGUUUAAUAUACACGUCCGUACGAAGUAGACCAGUUUUUUUAGUUCAAUUUAUUGCCGCUGUCAUCGUUUUGCCGUUGCCGUCGCUGUUCGGACAUCAUUUGGUGUUUUUUUUUUUCGAUUUUUCGCUUCCUUGGAUAGAAGGAUAUCAGUUCAUAGCAUAUGCGAAAAAAAUUAAAAGGGUGCUAGAAAUUUACAGCCAACCUCUCUUUUCCGUUUGAGAGGUUUUGAAAGAAAUUUUUUAAAAAUCAAAUAAAAUUCGAAAAAUAAAAAAAUGGAAUCCUUGCUUCCUUCCGCUAGGAAAUAAAUAAAAUUUCCCAUCAAAAAACGAUUGCCACCGUUUUUCCAUCAUCGAUUGAUUGUUUGCGCGGGAAAUUAAUAAAAAAAAAAUAUUAUCGUGGUUUCAUCAAGUAGUGAACGAAACGUAACGAAACGAAAAUAGUUCAGCAAAAAAGGUCCUUCCAUCAGCAGGACGACAACACAAAAAGCUUGUAAGAGCAAAAAAAAAGUGAAAUAAUUACUUCAGCAACUACUGCAGUUAGUAGGAGUAGUAGUUUUUGUUGUUGUUGCUGGUGGUGGUGAUUGUCGUUGUCGUUGUCGUUAAAAUUGUCGUCGUUGUAGUCGAAAAUACGAGUACUCAGUGAAGUGAAGCAGAACGUGGUGCUUAUGGCCUGUCAUUAAGGCUGGACCAUUUUUUUUUUUUUCUUUACUCUCUCGUCCUUUGUUAUUGUUUUCUGUUGUUUUUUUUUUUUUUUGUUCUUUACUGAGUUUUUACUGUUCACUGGUCCUUACUUUAAUCAAUAUCCUUUAAACCCCUCAAUUAUAAGCAUAAGUGAAAAAAGGAAGCUUGGAUGGGAAGGUGGUCGUUUCGAUAUAAUACAUUUGACCGAAAGAUGAUAUAAUUUUGAUGGCGAACGAAAAUUAAGCAAAAAAAAGGAGAUAAUCCUUUACAAUACCUAGAUAAUAAACGAUAAAUAAAUCUUCCGGUCAUUGGUCUCAUAUUCAGAAGGAGAUUCAGGAUUACACACAUUCGUUCUUUAACAUAAGAAAAAGUCCUUUUGUUAAACUGACCAGCCGCUCAAAAAAAAAAAAUAAUUUAAUUUCAAGGACAAUAAAUACAAAAGCAAUUUUAAAAAUAAAAAUAAAGUGAUAUGAAUUAAGUGAUAAGAAAACUAAAAAUAAAAGUUAAUAAAAAAAAAAAAUAAUUAAUUUAAUUAAAUAUAAAAAAAAAAUAAUAAUAAAAUAAAUCAUCAAAAUGAAUGACGAUUCACCGAUGCGUGUACAAAAGAAGACACGUAGUGCUUCAAUAUGUGCAGUAACAGGAAGUUUAGAAGCAGCCAUUCAAAAUAUGCCAUCGGGAAGUGCUACUCCGGAUGGAGGCACACCAGGUUAUAGGAGAAGAAGACCAGCAACUAGAACACAAAGUGCCAGGAUUACAAGUGGAGCAAGAUCGGUUCGAAGAAAAGCCCAAGCACAACAACAACAGCAACAACAAAAUCUUCAAGAAACCCGCUCUUACUGUACCAGUGAGCCACGACUUAGUGAAACGGAAACACCGCCACAAAGACGUAAACUUUCACAAAGACGACCACAGCCAGGAGGACAAAGAAAAUCAAAUGCUUUUCUGGAUGUACCAUCACUUAAUAUGCAUCACUUACAAGUGAGUGAUGGAGAGGAUCAAGAUGUAGAUAGACUUCGAACAUUUAGUUCAUCUAAAGGAGGCGUUAUAAAUAGAGGUGAUUCCUUUCGGCGCCGACGUUCACGUAGCAAUAGUUUGGCACCAUCCAGUCCUAUGCAUCAGAGAGGGAAUUCUGGCGGUGGUGGUGGAACAACACCUGAGCAUGGCUCGCAAUCAAAUCAAAAAGUCGAUGUUUACCAUGUACAGAUGCUUGGCUCCCAGGGAGUUGGCAAGGCAGCACUGGUUUCGCAGUUUAAGACUUCAGAUUGUAUAAAUGCUUAUGAUGGACCAGACUCUGAAGAAGCUGAACAAAAUAUUUCAAUCAUCUUGAAUGGCAUUGAAUCGGAAUUGAAAUUCACUAUAGGACAACAGGAUAACAAGGAUGAAUUGGAAAAAUCCGAUGCGUAUUUGGUUGUAUAUUCAGUUGUUGACAAGGAGUCAUUCACACGAGCCAAACAAAUCCUAUCACGCCUGCAGGAUAUGGAUUUAGUUAGGACGCGACCGAUAAUAUUAGUGGCUAAUAAAAUUGAUUUAGCGAGAUCACGUGCCGUUUCAGCACAAGAUGGCAAAUGUCUGGCAUGUACAUUCGGUGCUAAAUUUAUCGAGGUCUCUGUUGGUAUAAAUCACAACUGCGAUGAGUUAUUAGCUGGUGCUUUAACACAAAUUCGCCUGAAGAAGGAACAAAAUUUAUUGCAGAAAAAUACUACAUCAGACUCUGGUAAAUCAACAACAAAAGUUAAAGCAGUCACGGAAAAAUCUGCAAAAAAUAACGAAAACUUGGGUCAUCGAGAAUCACCAGCUCACUGGUAUAAAAGUCGCAGUGUUGUCCUUGCCAGCAUGAAGGCUCGCCAAAUGCUAACAUGGAUUUUGGGCAAAGAAGACUCGAAAUUCAAGCACUGUGAAAAUCUUCAAGUCCUCUGAGCUCCAGCCAAGAGUAAAUAAAUUAUAAUUAUAUUCUUUAUUGUUUUGCUUUUUUUUUUAAAUAAAUUUAAAUAGAAAAAAAACAAA